AUGGCUGACAAGGGUCUUGAGGAUGUCCCUGAGACACAGAUCGAGGGUAACUACGAUGAGACCGUCGACUCUUUCGAUGACAUGAACCUCAAGUCUGAGCUCCUCCGAGGUGUCUACGCCUACGGUUUCGAGCGUCCCUCUGCUAUCCAGCAGCGUGCUAUCAUGCCCGUCAUUAAGGGUAGCGAUGUCAUUGCCCAGGCCCAGUCCGGUACUGGAAAGACCGCCACCUUCUCUAUCUCUGUCCUCCAGAAGAUCGACGCCAACGUCAAGGCUUGCCAGGCCCUGAUCCUUGCCCCCACCCGUGAGCUUGCUCAGCAGAUCCAGAAGGUCGUUAUCGCUAUUGGCGACUUCAUGAACAUUGAGUGCCACGCCUGCAUUGGUGGUACCAGUGUCCGUGAUGACAUGAAGGCCCUCCAGGACGGUCCCCAGGUCGUUGUCGGUACCCCCGGUCGUGUCCAGGACAUGAUCCAGCGUCGUAUCCUCAAGACCGAUGCCAUGAAGAUGUUCGUUCUCGACGAGGCCGAUGAGAUGCUUUCUCGCGGUUUCACCGAGCAGAUCUACGACAUCUUCCAGCUCCUCCCCCAGUCCACUCAGGUUGUCCUCCUUUCUGCCACCAUGCCCCAGGACGUUCUUGAGGUCACCACCAAGUUCAUGCGUGACCCCGUCCGCAUUCUGGUCAAGAAGGACGAGCUUACCCUGGAGGGUAUCAAGCAGUUCUACAUUGCUGUUGAGAAGGAGGAGUGGAAGCUCGACACUCUUUCCGACUUGUACGAGACCGUCACCAUCACCCAGGCUGUCAUCUUCUGCAACACCCGCAGAAAGGUCGACUGGCUCACCGACAAGCUCACUGCCCGUGACUUCACUGUCUCCGCCAUGCACGGCGAUAUGGACCAGGCUCAGCGUGACCUGAUCAUGAAGGAGUUCCGAUCCGGUUCUUCCCGUGUCCUGAUUGCCACUGACCUUCUGGCCCGUGGUAUCGAUGUCCAGCAAGUGUCCCUGGUCAUCAACUACGAUCUCCCUGCCAACCGUGAGAACUACAUCCACCGCAUCGGUCGUGGAGGUCGUUUCGGCCGAAAGGGUGUCGCCAUCAACUUCGUGACUGCUGAAGACAUCCGAAUGUUGAGAGAAAUAGAAGCUUUUUACUCUACCCAAGUUGAUGAGAUGCCUAUGAACGUUGCCGACCUCAUCUAA